AUGAACUCAAAUGGAGUUAUAAUGGAACCAGGCGUAAUCGUUCUCGGUGUCACCUCACUAGAUGGGAGUAAAAAGCACAGAUUCAGAAUUCGAGAUACGGAUACUAUGCGAAAACUGAUCGAAACAUAUGCUAAAAUGGAAAACGUCUCUCCCGAUUCAAUCCAACUAAUCCACAAGGGCCAGCCUGUGAACGGCUCUGAUGUGCCCAAAAUGCUCGACCUGCAGUCGAUGGAGAUACUCGAAGUCUGUCGAGUUCCCGGAGUCGACACAACCCCACCGCCGCCACCAAAGUCAGCGAGCCCCGCGGCCAAUCACAUGAGUGUGGAAGAAAAGUCAGGAAGCAGCGCCUCGCCAGAAGAAAUCAACAAGCCAAUUUUAAACGGGCUCCAGGACAUUGAGUCGAAGCCGCUCCUUCAGAACCUCCAGUCAGAGUACAUCAACCGAAUCCUGUCAAACACGCUGGCGGCGAACCAGAACGGGGUUCAACCACCCGCCCGUGCAUCCCCUAAACGGCCCGCUCCGCCACCAGAUCCCCCAAUGAAGAACUCUCAUCUCAACCUCGAGAUGUUCAACUAUCCCUUCCCAGCCAACGUGUCUCCAAAUCAAGUAAACCCACUCCUAACCUCAAACAACAACAACAGCCGGAAGAUAAACGAACUCGAGCUCGAACUCACCCAGGCCAAAGUAAAACUUAUCGAAAUGAUGCGCCAUAUGCAAUUUCUCCAAGCUAAGCUAAUUCUCACCGAAAAUGAAAACAAAGAAAAGGAGCGCCUUCUCAAGCAAAAAGACAAGACAAUGGACAACUUGCGGAUGGAGCUGCAGCGGAGAGAGCAGAUCUUCCGCGCAUAUGGCCUCGCCAGCGAUUCCCACCGCUCCAAAGCUAAUCACAACCCAAAUACUAGCUCCGCCCUGGCCUCGGUCAAUCCAAAGCCGAUCGCCAACGCCAGAACAAGAACUUCCAGUACAAGCCAGCCGACGCCGAAUUACAUGUCUGUAAUUCAAACGCUCGACAGCGCAGCCCGAAACUCACCCAAAAGCGCAGGCAGCGCGGGCAGCAAUGUCUCCAGGCAAAAACGGGAUCCGGAUGUUUGGGACCCUCCACCACCACGAGCAAAACCAACGAGUCGAGCUCCACCGCGUCGUAGCGUGGCGCCAAGUUCCCGAUCCGCCGCGCCAUCACAUGCUUCUCGUGGCCCGAGCAGUAAUCCCACUCGAAGAACAGGCGCUAGCCGACCGCAGGAAUCAAACAGAAGCCAAGUUAGAGCGCAAGGAAGUAAACAGACGGAUGAAAAGAAAUUCGACCCAGUUGGAUAUGACAAAGAAUUGGUUGAAGCUCUUGAGCGAGACAUUGUGCAGCGAAAUCCAAAUGUCUCUUGGGAUUCCGUUGCUGGGCUUGAAGAGCCAAAGAAGUUGCUCAAAGAAGCAGUCAUUCUUCCUCUGAUCAUGCCAGACUUCUUCAAGGGCAUCCGCAGACCGUGGAAAGGCGUCCUCAUGCACGGCCCUCCUGGAACUGGAAAAACCCUUCUAGCAAAAGCAGUCGCGACUGAGUGCAAUACAACCUUUUUCAACGUCUCCAGCUCGACCUUAGGAUCAAAGUACCGCGGAGAGUCGGAAAAACUUGUUCGUCUUUUGUUCGAUAUGGCACGAUUUUACGCUCCUUCUACGAUAUUUAUUGACGAAAUUGACUCGAUAGGAAGCAAGCGAGGCGGAAGUGACGAGCAUGAAUCAUCGAGGAGGGUGAAGAGCGAGUUGCUUGUGCAAAUGGAUGGUGUUGAUGGAGCAGUUGGAGGAGAUGAUGCGACCAAGAUGGUCAUGGUUUUGGCCGCUACGAACUAUCCUUGGGAUAUUGAUGAGGCUCUGAGAAGACGUCUGGAGAAGCGAAUUUAUAUUCCUCUGCCCUGCGCAAUGGCAAGGUCACAGCUGCUAAAGAUUAAUCUCAAAGAUGUCGCUAUUGCCGAAGAUGUCGAUUUAGAGGAGAUCGCAAAAAAGAUGGAGAACUAUUCCGGCGCUGAUAUCACUAAUGUAUCACGUGAUACAGCAAUGAUGUCGAUGAGAAGGGCUAUUGAAGGCUUGGCACCAGAUGAAAUCAGAAAGCUUUCCAAGGAACAGCUCAAUCUUCCGAUAUCCAAAAAAGACUUUCUUGAUGCUAUCAAAAAGGUCAACAGAUCAGUGUCCGACGACGACUUGGAAAAGCACAAAAAGUGGAGCGACGAGUUCGGCUCCGUUUAG